AUGAUGCCCAGUGAUAUCUGGAUGGACCAAGAUACCAAGCGAACAAAAGAAGAUGAAGUCAAUGCAAAAUUGGAAUUUGUGCGGUUUGCCGAGGUCUUUCCCCUGAAGGACUUUGGUUUUGUGCCAGAGCCGGGCCAGUACCUGGAGGUGGUGGGCUGGGUGGAGGUGGUGGCCGGGCUGCUGCUGGCGUUUGGCCCCCAGCUCCUGCAGGAGAUCAGCAACUUCAUCCUCAGCGUCAUCAUGAUCGGUGCCAUCUACACGCUGCUGGUGCUGCAGGAGCCCCUGGCCAUGUGUGCCCCUGCCACCCUCUGCCUCGGCCUCCUCCUGCUGCUCAACAUCCGUGGGUACCCAGCCCCACCCAGGGCCAAGUUCGAGUGA